AUGUGGAUUCUGGAAGCGCUCUUCCAAAUUCCAGCGGGGACAAAGCUAUCCAGCUCAGAGGCUUGGCUGCAGCGGGAAAAUAUUUUAGCGCAAGGCUGCGGUGUUGUGGCCGCUACCUCUACAACGAGAAACUUCGACUCGCUGAAUGAUAUGUCGAGUUCAAAUAUUGAGGCCCUUAAGAAGGUCACUGCUCAAAGUGGUGCUGCUUCUUACCAUGGAUUGGUGGCCUUGAGGUCAUCGUCAAGAUCCCAUACUCUAUCGCAGUUCCAAAAAGACUCGCGACGGAGAGUGAAGUUGCACUGUGGGAUGGACUUUUUACGCUCAAAGGGGAUACCCGUUCCACGAGUUUAUGCCUUGGUCCUCCCACGUAGAAAACGAAGUGGGAACCUUCCCCAGAAUCUCCAGACGGAUCUCUACGCAGCUGGAGUCGAAGAUAAGGAUGGAAACGCUCGCCGAUUUUGCAUUGGCCCCACCGCUGAAUAUAUGUUUUGGCGUGGAAAGCGUGCACAACUUGAGUUAAAUAGGGGCCCUUGUGAGCCUCUUCUUUGUUCGGAUGCGAAUACUAUGCUCGAAGGAGAAGUCGCACCUGCGAUAUACGUGGAUUUGCUAGACAAGUAUCUUUCUAUUUGUCCAUACCUCUUGCCGGGGGACCAUGCGCAUUCCAUGAAUCAGCCCACGAUGCGCCAUCCAGAUCUCAACCCGACAAAUAUCUAUGUCUCUGACUCGUGCGAAGUGUCAUGUAUAAUCGAUUGGCAACACACUACCAUCCUCCCUUUGUUGCUAGCCGCAGGGAAUCCGCCACUAUUCGAAACCCAGACUCAGAACCUCCCAAAGAUUACACUAAACCCACCCUGCCGGAGGAUUAUGGAUCAUUGGGCCGGAGGAGAAAUCUCAAGCUGACGAGCUGUACCGACGGCAAAUGCUGUUCUACUUGUAUAUGAUUUUCAAUGCAAAGGACAACAAACCUCAUUUUAACGCUCUGAGCUAUCCAAUGCUCAUGCUCACCCAACAUCUUCUGGAUAGGCCUGGCCGACCUUGGAGCGGUAACGUCGUUACCCUCAAAGGUGCCUUGCUCAGGGUGAUCAAUACCUGGGAUACUCUCAUGUCGACUAGGCUACAGAAAGCUCCCUGCCCUGUCCGCUUUGACCCGGAUGAUGAGAAGGAUUUUUAUCAACUCGAAGAGAACUGGUUCAAGUCUAAUCUCCUCGUGGAGCACUGGCGUUCGCUUUUGGACGACGUUGGCCAAGAUGGAUGGGUAAGAAAUGAGUCGUUUGAGAGAGUUGUGGAGGUCAAUAAACAGUUGAAGAAACAUUGGAUCGACAAGGGUGAGGAUGAAGAGGAUGUCCUGUGUGUUGAACAUUUCUGGCCAUUCCAGGACUAAUAAAGUACGGUUUGGCACGGCAUUGGGGCUGUCUUCAAUCUUUUUCUCCUGUACUCUUUCUAUCAUCCCUUUUUCUUUUCUCUCUUCCCUCACUAUAAACUAUAUUUCCCUACUUGAUUGAUAGAUUUCCAGCAAAGUCUUUAAGUUCAUGGGCAAUUAUUCUCCCCACUAGAUUGAUGGUUGGAGAGUAUCACCUAUCCUACACCCUAUUAGUUAGUCGAAGUGUUAAAUAUUAUAGACAUCUCAGUGUCCCAUCUUAAAUCUCUACGCACACAAGGCAUAUAUACGUGCGGACAUACAUCUAAUUAUUGAAUUUGAAUUUUGAACCCCGAAUUGCUGUAAUGAUCUAUUGCAUUCUGCGAACAAGAGAGCAGCUUAUAAACAGUGACAUGAUCCAUAGUGGUCGGG